AUGGCAUCUUUUGGCUCUGUGUUUGGGAGCCUCCUAGUGGUCGUGGCAGGGAUUGUGACCAUCAGUUGUGGUAAUAAAAAAAAAAAAUUCACAUAGAGUAUACCACAUACGUAUUUACUAAAUGUAAAUGUAAAGAUAAUCAUAUAGUCUAUAUUAGUGGAGAUCUCAAAAGCUCAAUUUGUUAAAGCCCUAGCAGCACUAUCACAGGAUAUAAAAUAUAUAAUCUGCAAUAUUGCUAUAAAAUAUCACAUGCUUUUAAUUCAUGGUUAUACUUUGAUUCGUUUUGAUCAUGUUUAACCUUCUUUAUAUUGUUAAUUAUCUUUGCAUAGAGUGUUUAAAGCAGGGAUGCCCAAAAUGUAGAUCCCCAGAUGCUGUAGAACUACAAGUCCCAUGAUGCUUUGCAAGCAUUUAGAAUGACAAAGCAUGGCAAAACAUUACAGAAGCUGUAGUUUCCCCCUUGUUUACACCCCUGGCUUAAAGUAUCUUUAAAUCUCUAAAACAUAAUUUGUUUAUUUUCUAGAAACACAAAUGCUUUUGAAGACACUGCUGAAUUAUUUUUAGAAAGCAGCGUAUACCUAUAAAAUCCUCUUUAAAAAAAAAAUAAAAUUUUUUUUUUAUUUAUUUUAUCCCCCCUUGUAUAUUUUGUCUGAGUAGAGAUCUACAAAGAAUUGGGAUCCUGAUAGUGACAGUCUCUCACUGUCUCUUCCAACUUGCUAUGAGGUGGUAUGAUAAUGCAAAAGUAUGAGUGUUUUCUUUAUCCCAUCAGCUAAGACUAGAAACAGCGUAGACAAUGAACUGAGCCAAGUAAGUGUCAAACCAUUUGUAAACAGUUUGCUUACAGUAGGGCUGGGGGACUUCUGGCAUCAUAACCACUAAAGCACUCUGCAGUACUUGUGUGCUUGCAAUAUCCCUUAAAAUAAUAUAUUAUAUAUUUAUAUUAAUAAAUACAAUGGGUAAAUAAAAUAUUCAUGUAUCAACAAACCUUUGAUUUAGUAAAAUAUAUAAAUAACUAUCCUAAAAACAAACUAAAUCUAUUAACGAAAACAAGUCUAAAUGAGUAAAAUCCUAAUUUAGAAAAAUAAAUAAAUAUAUUCACAGUAGGUAAAAUAAAUAAAGACUAUACAGGUGAGGGCUGGCAACCUUUGGUUCGUUAGCAAGUAAUAUAUCAAAAAUACAUCAAACCAAAAUAAAUACUUACCUGGUGCUCAGAAUGUACAACCAAAUAGAAUGAAUGUUAUUCUUUUUUCCAAAACUGUAGUAAUCACAUCACCAUCUAACCUAUUCGAUAUAUAUAUACUUAAUCAUAGAACAUGCAACUUGCCCAAGGGUAUGUUUAGCCACUCAUGCUGAGAAUAUGACACCAAUGGAGCAAGCUCAAAGAAAACACACCUCAGGGCUGAUUGCAUGUUUAGUCCUAGAUCUGUGCAUUGAGCCACAUUUCAAACUCAACAGCAGUUAAUCCUAAAUGUUCUGAAAAGCAUAUAUACAAACCUUAAUAAACCAAGGUUAAAAAAAAACUUGAUGGUGAGGUAUGUCUUUUUGCUGAUGAUACUAAGAUAUGUAACAGGGUUGAUGUUCCAGGAGGGAUAAGCCAAGUGGUAAAUGAUUUAGGUAAACUAGAAAAAUGGUCAGAGUUGUGGCAACUGACAUUUAAUGUGGAUAAGUGCAAGAUAAUGCAUCUUGGAUGUAAAAACCCAAGGGCAGACUACAGAAUAUUUGAUAGAGUCCUAACCUCAACAUCUGAGGAAAGGGAUUUAGGGGUGAUUAUUUCAGAUGACGUAAAGGUAGACAGACAAUGUAAUAGAGCAGCAAGGAAUGCUAGCAGAAUGCUUGGUUGUACAGCGAGAGGUAUUAGCAGUAGAAAGAGGGAAGUGCUCAUGCCAUUGUACAGAACACUGGUGGUGAGACUUCACUUGGAGUAUUGUACGCAGUACUGGAGACCGUAUCUUCAGAAUGAUAUUGAUACUUUGGAGAGAGUUCAGAGAAGGGCUACUAAACUGCUUCAUGGAUUGCAGGAUAAAACUUACAAGAAAGGAUCUUAACAUGUAUAGCUUGGAGGAAAGAGGAGACAGGGGGGAUAUGAUAGAAACAUUUAUAUACAUAAAUGGAAUCAACAUAAUAAAGAAGGAGACUAUAUUUAAAAGAAGAAAAACUACCACAACAAGAGGACAUAGUCUUAAAUUUGAGGGACAAAGGUUUAAAAAUAAUAUCAGGAAGUAUUACUUUACUGAGAGGUUAGUGGAUGCAUGGAAUAGCCUUCCAGCUGAAGUGGUAGAGGUUAACACAGUAAAGGAGUUUAAGCAUGCAUGGGAUAGGUAUAAGGCUAUCCUAGACUUAAGAUAAGGUCAGGGACUAAUUAAAAGUAUUUUGAAAAUUGGAUAGACUAGAUGGGCCGAAUGGUUCUUAUCUGCCGUCACAUUCUAUGUUUCUAUGACAUAUCAAUCUUCUGAGAAAAAGAAAAUUGAAAUAAAGAGUAAUUAAAGAAAACUACAUUUCACACUGAUGAUAAUUAAGCCAAAUGUUUGUUACUAGAUUAGCAAAGCAUGUGAAAUACUGUAUAAAUAUACAUAACUGACGCAUUACAAAAAAGCUAUCCAAAGUUACAAAAAUGUAUAGAUUUUCAACAAAAGUUGGAGUCUAAUAAUCUUAAGGGUUACUCUGACCACCAUGACCACUUCUGAAUUUAGUAGUGGUCAUAGUGGAAAGCGCCUGUAUGUGCAGUGUCUGCAAGGUGAAGCUUCAGUAUACCCAACCUCCUUGCAUUCCCUGAAUCCCUCAAUUUUUAACUUUUUUUUUAUUUUUUUUUUAAAGAAUUAAAGGCUUACUUACCCCUCUACUCUCUCCCCUCACCAGCCAGAGUUGUGAAACCAGCAUGAUGUCAGAUGGGUGUUCAAACACACAUACAUACUACUCAUUGACAAUGCAUGGAUUUUAAAGCAAUGUUCUAUUUAAAUUUCCAAUCAAUUUUACCCACAAUUCAUCAGUAAAAUCAGUUCCACAGAAUGUCAGACAUGGCAGAGGAGAACGAAAUGGCUGCACCCAGAUAUUGAGAUUAGGCAUUAAAAUAGAAGUGAUUAUGUAUAUAAAUAAAGGCACGUGGGAAGGUGGGGUGUAUAUUUUAUAUUUCUUUUUUAAUCAGUUAUAUUUGUAUAUACUUUGUUUAUUCAUCCCUUACAGUGUCAUACUUUUUUGGGUAUAGGGCAACAGUCCUAUGCUUGGAAAGUAUGGUUCUUUUCAUAACAAGUUUACUUAUUAAUGUAAAUGGAUACUGUAGUGCCGGGCAUACAAAGCUGUCUUCCUGGCACUACCGAUCCCUCUGCCUCCCCCUUCUUGUACUACUUACAAAGUAAAACAAGGGUUAAAAACAGUUUAUUUACUUACCUUAUCACAGCCCUGAUGUCCCUCGGCGCUGGGUCGAAGCUCCACUCCCUCCUCCAACCCACGACGAUCAGGGUUUAAUGCGUGUGCAAGGAAAAUGCCGCACGCGCAUUAGACCUCCCCAUAGGAAAGCACUAAAUCAAUGCUUUCCUGCAGGGCUGCCACCAGAAAUUUUUGGGCCCCUGGCAAAGCACAAGGUCUGGGCCCCACCAGUCCGCCCACCCCCACAGCGCGCCCCCUCCCCCGGCCCGCCCCACUCCUACCUAGUCCGCUGAUAAUGAUGCAGGACUGAAUGUGGUGUGUACAGUGGAAGUGAAUUAGAAUGUGUGUAAUGGAUGUAGUGUUUGUGUGUACUAGAUACUGUUUGUGUAGCGGAUACAGUGUGUAUAGUGAAUGCAGAUUGUGUUUGAGUAGUGGAUGUAGUGUGUGUUUGUGUAGUGGAUGUAGUGUUUGUGUCUACUAGAUGCAAUGUGUUUAGUGGAUGUAGUGUGUGUAUUAGACGCAGUGUCUCUGUAUAGUGAAUGCAGAGUGUUUGAAUGUGUGGUGGAUGUAGUAUGUGUACUGUGAAUACAGGAUGUUUGUGUAGUGGAUGCUGUGUGUAUAGUGAAUGCAGAGUGUGUGUGAGUGUAGUGAAUGCAGAGUGUGUGUGUGUGUGUUUACUAAUGUAUGCAUAUAAUGUAAAUGUGAAAUCUGUUAUUCCCCCCUCCCUGCUUCUUACCUGGUCCAGGGAGGGGGGAGAUUUCAUCCCUGGUGGUCCGGUGGCAUGGUGGCUCCCCGGGCUCCCUGUAUUUGCAGAGGGGGCCCAGCAGACUGCGUGCCGCACAUCUCGCGGGAGUUAGAGGGAAGAGCUGUAAUGUACAGCUGUAGUCUGCUGGGCCCCUUCUGCAAAUACAGGGAGUUGGGGGGGCACGCAGCUGCACAUUUAUAUAGCGUCAUGGUUGUCACCCCCUGAUGGCAGCCCUGCUUUCCUGUGGAGGAAAAUCUGACUCUGGGUCCUCAUGCAGAGUGUGAGGAUGUCCAGUGUCCGAUAACGGGCCAAAAGUCCAUUACGAUUCCAGAAGCGCCCCCAGAGGCUGUCUGGUAGACAGCCACUGAGGACAGACUUAGAGCUGCAAUAAACAGUGCAGUUCUCUGGAAUUGCAAUGUUUUACAGUACAGAACUAAGUGCAAAAGGGACCCAUCACACAGACAACUUCAAUUAGCUGAAGUGGUCUGGGUGCCUACAGUGUCCCUUUAAAUACAGGUGCUACUUUAGCUUUCAUUAGUUACAAACCGUAUAAAAAAUAGUUGGGCAGAUGCCUCCAGGUUUGAAGGAUGGCAUGAAGCACUAAUUUGCCAGAAUCCAUAAUAAUAACUGUUAAAAUUAGUGAAGGAGGAAAGGUAAUGCUGGGCCCUUAAGCAAAAUUAAUCCGUAAAACAGACAGUGCAUUCUGUCAGGGACUUGUUCUAAGACUGUGUAGAUUCCAGGGAUGAACAAAAAUUUGAAAAAGAACAUGUAUUGUUUAAGCACUAAAUCUCUACAGCCUCACGUUUCAGAUUUGAAAACAUUUUGUUAAAUAUGAGACUAUAAAACUGACUUAGCCCACAGGAACUGAAAAUUAUUGAGUUUAUCCAAGAAUAACCAACAUUUGUAGACACAGUGAUGAGGUGAAACUAGACUAUAAACUCUCUUGAGCAGGGCCCCACCACCUUCUGUUUUUUUUAAUUUCUUUUUGCAGCUAUCUGUUUGUUGAUCCACCUCUUCUACAGCGUUGUGCAAUUUGUCAGUAGUUUUUAAAUAACAAUAUUAAUAAUAGAAUAUAGUGGAAAGGAACAGAAUAAUGCAAGUUAUGUUGUAUGACCACUAGAUGUCACCAUUAUCCCAUGUUGAGAAAAAGAGUUAGUAACACACGAUAAUAUACGUGUAUGUCAUUCAAAAUAAAUCCAAUUUGUAUUUUUUAUAUACAAUGCAAGAAGAUGUAUACAAAUUUCUAGUACAUACAGAAAAUGGUUAGAAACAUGGCAGAAAAUUAAUCAUACAGAUUUUCUAACUAUCAGAGCUGUAUAGAGGGCUAUCUCACUUGCUUAAAGGAAACUAUCGUGACAGGAAACAAAGUUGUUUUCCUGGCACUAUAGCUACUUAUAGUGUCCACCAUCCCCUCUCCCACCUCGCGGUACUUACCUGGGUCCAGUGCCGAUGUCCCUCGGCGCUGGCUCGGUUUGCCUCUGCUCCUCCCCUGCCGAAAUCAGGCGGAAAUGGCCGCUCUCGCAUUAAUAUUUCCCCAUAGGAAAGCAUUAUGCAAUUCUUUCCUAUGCGGAUUCUGGUGACACUGGUAGUCCUAAUUUAUAGCUUGAGGACGUCCAGUGUCAGUUAGGUCAGUGUUUCCCAACCCAGUCCUCAAGGCACACCUACCAGUCCAGGAUUUAGGGAUUACCCAGUUGUGUCUAAGGUGUUUUUACAAAGAAGAAAAAAAACACCUUAGACACAACUGGGUAAUCCCUAAAUCCUGGACUGGUAGGUGUGCCUUGAGGACUGGGUUGGGAAACACUGAGUUAGGUGACCAAAUGUUGCCUAACGAUCAGGAAGUAUCUUGUUAGACAGCCACUAGAGGAGGACUUAACCCAUAAAGGUAAUUAUUGCACUUUAGAAAAACUGCAAUAAUUACCUUUCCAGGGUUAAGGGUGCUGGGACACUGCACCCAGACCACUUCAAUGAGCUGAAGUGGUCUUGAUGCCUGUAGUGUCCCUUUAACUUCUUAAAUGUGAGAAACUCCAAAGGUUCUUUCUUAAAUAAUUUACUCCAAAGUCCAGCCUAGUUAUUUAACUAACAGAGAAAAUGCAGACUUGGCUCUUCGGAGGUUAUCUUACAGACAGCAUUCACAUAUUUCUGUGACAAUAACCCCACUACUGACAACUAAGCACAUAACACACAGAAACAUACAAAUAAAGAGCACAUGAACUAAAGAAACAAACCCACUAAUUAUAAAUAAACACAUAAAACACAAUUAUAUCUCACCCACAGAAAAACACUACAUAUUCUUAGUCAAUACACAGGUAUUGUAUUGUGUCAUAGAUGCCCAAUACCAUCUAUUGAGAGAGAGAGAGAGGAGUGUGUGCGUGUGUAUGUAUAUUAAACCCCUGUCCUGUGACUUUACAAGGGUAGUUGGCGUAGUCUGAAUUAAGAGGACACAUAUCCCUGGUCAUAAUAUUUGUGUUAUAAGAUGACACAAACAAGAUAUCAACACACGGGUGCUGCUGAUCUAUACUCCCUGAUGCCAACACAAUUGCACACACGCAGAAACCCUGUAAUCCCAUAUUCUCAAACACACGUACAGAUCAGCACUGACAGACACUAAGACACAUUCAAACACAAAUGAUCACUCAUAUACACAUUGGCACACACUCACAAGUAAAUAUACACACAUAGCUACACAGAGAUACAAAUGUACUUUCAUAGAUCCUCAUAAUCACACAUUUACACUAAAUCACACACUCACAGAUAUAUUCACAAACUCAAAGUUACACAUACUCCUGAAAAUACUCCUAGUUUAGCAAAGUGACGUAUGAGCAUCUCAUUUUAGGUUACACGGGAUGAUCCUAUCCCAUAAUCCUCUCUCCAGCAGAUAGAUAGUAUUUUUUUCCAAAGACACAUUGGAAUAGAACUGUUCAUUAAACUGAUACUAACAAUCCCACGUCUGCUAUCAGUUUAAACACAGCCUGUGUGUCUGUGUGUGAAUCUGUGUGUCUGUGUGUGAAUCUGUGUGUGAAUUUGUGAGUCAGUGUGUGUAUGUGUGUAUUCUGUGUCAGUGUGUAUCUGAGUGUCUGUGUGGGUAUAUAUGUGUGUGUGUAACUAUGUAUCUUUGUGUGUCUGAGUGUCUAUGUAUCUGUUUGUAAUGUGUGUAUCUAUGUGUCUGUGUAUCUAUGUGAGUGUGCAUGUGUAUCAGUGAGUGUCUACAAUACACACAAAUGCACGCUUGUAUGCAAACACCAACAUUCACACACAUACUCCAUGCAAAAACAUGCUUACAUUCAAACACACUGUGUGUGUGUAUAUAUGUGUAUAUAUAUACACACCAACCACAAUACAGGGACUAUUCUCCAAUUGCUUUUCCAGUCGGAAUGAUGUAAUGCCUUGGUGCACCAUGCUGGAACCAAUAUAUAUCCAAAUAUUUCAACAAAGAAAAGUGGGCUAAUUUCUGGGGGGGGGGGGGUUCCACUAAACAAGACCUGCGAGUGCCCACUUUACUUUACUGAAAUAUUUGGAGAUAUAUAUAUAUAUAUAUAUAUAUAUAUACUGCAUCCAAAACACAUGUUAACAUACACCAUGUCCACUUUACACACAUUGCAUCCAGUGCUCAAACACACACUCUGCAUUCACAACACACACUGUGUAUCCUCUCUACACACACUGUAUCCUUGUGGACAGGCCCACAGGUGCCCAGACCUUGAGCUGUGUAAGAGGCCCCAAAAUUUCUGAUGGAAUCCAUGGCCAUGAGUGCUCCAGUGCCCCUUCUUCUUACUUAAGAUCCACCGUGUGCUGCUCCUUGCUUCUUCUGGAGCUGGAAGCUCUAUGUUUGAGCUAUGUCCAUUGAGCUAAGAUCAUUGGCUGAGAGCAAACAGCUGAUGCUAAAGGAGAGCUAAUGAAAACUUCUAACAGUAGCUUCCAGUUAUCAGCACUGGAAGCAGAAAGGCUGGGGGCAGUGUCCUGCAGACCUAAUGUAGGACGUAGCUUGGAUUGAGUUACCACUGUAGUGGUUAUGGUGCUUGGAGUCCUCCUUUAAAUUACAUCAAAGCCUGGAUAUCAUUUUUCUCUUUCUUUUAAUUGUGACUAAGCAAGAAUAGAAUGAAAAGUGAACUAUCUGCACACUAAAUAACUUUUAUGUUUUCAUAUUUCACUACAUGCUGCUCUGUUUUUUUUUUUACAGAUGAAAUAAAGAGUCUCAUUGAUGAAUGUAAAAAUGAAACACAGAUUGUCAAUGAUCGGUAUACAAUCAUUCGGCAGAAGUAAGAUUAAUAUGCACAUUUUAUGUUUUGGUACCACAGUGUUAAAUACAAAUACCUUGAUAACUCAUGGUAGACAAUUGUUUAGUUUUGUGCUAUUCAAGUGAACACAUAUAAUGGCUUUGGAUUAUAAUAGGUUUUUUCUUCACAGUAAUCAAAAUACUGUUUAUUUCAGAUCUAGUUACAAUCAUUCAGUUUAUAACUAGAGUUGAGCGGACACCUGGAUGUUCCGGUCCGGCGGGUUCGGCCGAACUUCGGAAAGAAGUCAGGGUUCGGGCUCGAACUUGACCCCAAACCCGAACCCCAUUGAAAUCAAUGGGGACCCGAACUUUUGGGCACAAAAAUGGCUCUAAAAAGUCCUGGAAAGGGCUAGAGGGCUGCAAAAGGAAGUAAAAUUGGGGUAAACAAGAGUAAACAAAUGCAAACAAAUGUGGAUAGGGAAAUCACUUAAAAUAACAUAAAAUACAUAAAAAUACAGCUGAGCCAUAAAAUAGCACUAGAUGGAAUCUUUGAUUUUAGCAUUGGAAGAACAUAAAUCAAAAUCUAAAGCAUGGCUGUCUGGAGGUUUACCAGAAUUAUCCAUUUGAGAGAGGGUUGGAGUGCAGGGUAUUCUCUUUCAUUGUUCAAACUGAGCUCAACUCCUGAUGCCAUGGCCUAUGAUCAGGAAAAGAAAAUUACGGUAAGUAGGAAAAUAUAAAUAUAUAUAUAUAUAUAUAUAUAUAUAUAUAUAUAUAAUUUGUAGUCGGGGCAAUGUAGCCAGGAUAAUAGUGUAACAUAGCAUAUUAUAACCAAUAGACUUAUUCAAAUGACACCAGUCGGUUGUGGUGUGCCGGAACCGACAGAGCAGUAGGCCUGUAAUAAAAGUGGGCCCACCUUAGAGGGUGAUAUGAAUAGAGGGAGCGGUGGGAGGGGUGAUUCGCCAGACUGUCCACGGUAAGGUGGGAGAGGAUUGGACGCCCUUUUAAGUGAAUUCAAGCCCCUCCCACAACUACAGGCAAAGGCCUUACAUUUGUAGUUGGGGCAAUCUAGCCGUGAUAAUAGUGUAACAUAGCGUAUUAUAACCAAUAGACAUAUUCAAAUGACACCAGUCGGUUGUGGUGUGCCGGAACCGACAGAGCAGUAGGCCUGUAAUAAAAGUGGGCAAAAAGAAGAAUACCAUACAAAAUUAAUCAUAUAACAACCAUCGUUUAUUCGGAUAAGUCACAAAAAGCUUGUAUUACCUUUUAUAACUGGGUACGAAAUGUAAGGAGUAUAGGCGGAGAACUUCCAGCGUCCCAUAGCCCCGAUGACAUGAGCUGGAAUGUGGUUGGAGGAAGCCGAGAAUGCUGCCCCCACGCGGAAUGAGUGUCCUGAUGAAAGGUUUGUAUUAGGCCGAGCCUAGUUCACAGUAAGUGAACAUGAAGCAUGAUUUAAAAUGCUGUAAGAAUGGAGCCAUGAAGUUCUGAUAAUGUUUGGAGUGGUUGUAUCUUGUAAGUGGUGCAAUAAGUAUCCCGAACUUUACCGGGCACCAUUGUCUAGAGUAGGUAAUAGGAGUAUGGUAACCGUAUGUGCUAUAGUGAUAGGUAUAGACUGAUGCAGAGAUAGGACCUAAUGGUCUAAGGUGUCUGGAUAUCAGUCGUUCCCAGGUAUUCAGUGGUAGUUAUAUUCUAAGUGGUAAAUUCCUGGGACGUAGCGACCCAUGGCAUGCUAGAUGUAUGGCCGUUUGAUUGUCGUAUGGUCAUGUGCUCAACAGGAGCUGAAUCUACUAAGUAGGAUAGUGAAUGAAAUAUGCCGUGUGGAUGGGUAGCCUUUGAGUUGGUACGUGUGUCUUGGAUUUUGCAUUCCUUUCAGUAGGUCUUUAUCAGAUAGAAUGAGAGGAAUCCUGUAUUGUUGGGGUGUUAAAUGAUAAUUUAAGUAAAGGUGGCAAAAAUAAGUGAACCCCAAUAAAAGAUUCCAUAGCAAACAUGUCAAGAACUUGAAACCCCACUAUAGCCUUAGUGAAAAUAUGUGAACACCCUAUCGUAUAAGUACCUAGUGUUGACUGAAAGUGUAAAGUGAGAAAUGUGAUGUGCAAGGGUAAACCGAACAUUUAAUCCAUGAGUAUGUCUCGGAAAGGCGGGGCAGGUAAGCUAGCCUGGAAGAGGUGGCAGUGUCUGACCGAAAGCCUAAAACGAAACCCAUGGAAGUGGUCAGAUGAGAUGUUCGUGAAACACGGCACGUGAAUACAUGUGAUAAGAUUUGCAAGUGGCUACCCAUGUGAAAUUCCUCAACCGUCUCCUGAUGACCAGAGACGAAGAUCGGCCUAUAUGCACAAUAGCUAGGUGUAUGUGACUAAUAUCCGACCGAAUGACCGGACCAUAAUGGUCCCCAGGCUACGGCAGCUGUCAUGAUCGGACAUCAUUCAAACAAGGCCGAAGUAGAGGAGAAGCUGGGUCGGGACUUAACGUCUAUGGGCCAAGACGCGCCACGCCAUUUAACCCCUCAGAUGGCCGCAAAACCAGAGUUUGCCGCGGCAUCUGUCCAAACGGAGGGUGAAAUGUCGGGGAAAUAUGGGCAUGCCCUUUCCAGUAUUUAGGAAAGCGCCACAUAAGUAAAUCAGAGGUUGCAUGAGUGACUAACAUGAUACGUGAUGCGUCUGUGGAGAGUCGUGGGAAUAAGGAGCAGUAACCGGGAAAAGAAGGAUCUACCCUGUGAGAUGAAUUGCAUGCAACAUCGAGCGACCCCAGCAGCAAUUGAAGUUCCUCGCGGUUGCCAGACCUAGUUGCAAGAAGAGUUCAAAUGCAUGAUAGGGUGCGCUCAAUCCAUGUCCUGGGCAGGGCCGGUGCAAGGAUUUUUGCCGCCCUAGGCAAAAGUAAAGUUUGCCGCCGCCCCACCCAUAUGAUCUGCCAUGUUAACGAACGCCAGUGUUGCAGUGCCGUUCCGCCGUGUUUACAUUAAAAGGCCUGCAGGGACAGGCUAUGGACACCAGAACCACUACAUUAAGCUGAAGUGGUUCUGGGGACUAGAGAUUAGUGCCACGAAUAAUUUACUAGAUUGCCUACUUACAACCAGAUGAGGAUGAUGAUUGGCUCUAGCUGCAGUCUGGCUCCACUGGUCUGGUGUAGAACAGGCUCUCUGGAGGCUGUUUGUAACUGUGGUCACAAAAAUCAAUGUUCUGGGAGAACGGGAAGCAGCUCCAUUUUUUUUAAGGCCCUUUACACAGCUCAAGGUCUGGGUCCCAGGGUCCACCUUCAUGUUCCACCAAUGAGUUUGUUCACAGGGGGUGGAGUAGGGGGAUGUCCUGAUAUGUGUGUAAGGAAUGCAUUGUGUGAAUCUGUGUUUGUAUGUGUAAGGGCUGCAAGGUGUGUUUCUGUGUAUGUACGGGAUGCAGUGUGUGCGUCUGUAAGGGGUGCAUUGAGUGUGUGUAAGGAAUGCAUUGUGUGUUUCUGUGUGUGUAAGGGAUGCAUUGUGUGUAAGGGUUGCAUUGCUUGUGUGUGUGUCUGUGUGUAAUGCAUUGUGUGUUCUUCUGUGUGUAAGGGGUGCAUUGUGUGUGUGUGUGUGUGUGUGUGUGAUGGAUGUCAAUCUCUUCUCCUCCCUCUCUUCUCCCCUGCUUGUCCCUCUCUUCUCCUCCCUCCCUUGUCCCUCUCUUCUCCCCUGUUGUCACUCUCUUCUCCCCUCCCUCCCUCCCUCCCCUGUCAAUUCCCCUCCCUGUCAAUUUCUUCCCACCCACCCUGUGAAUUUCUUUCCCCUCCCUUUCAAUUUAUUCCUUCCCUGUCAAUUUAUUCCCCCCCAUCCCUCCCUUUCAAUUUAUUCCCCCACUUUCCCUGUCAAUCUAUCCCCCUCCCUGUCAAUUUCCUCACCCCCUUUCAAUUUACCCCCUUGCCCCCCCCUUCCUGUCAAUUCCCCCCUUUCCCCUGUCAAUUCCCCUUCCCUUCCCUUCCCUGUCAAUCCCUCCCUUCCCUUCCCCUGUCAAUCCCCCUUCCCUGUCAAUUCCCCCCCCCCGUUCCCUCCUGUCAGCCCCUCUCCUCAUGCUGCGCCCUGGCUGUAGGUGUGCCCUCAUGGACGCACCGCCUGGGCAAAGCUGCAGCCGCCUGAGGCUCUUUACAGCAUGAGGGGGCAGCAUGAGGGGGGCCGGCGCUCCUGGCGGCACCCCUUCCCAAGGGGCGCCCUAGGCAGCUGCCUAGUCCGCCUAACAGGUAGCGCCGGCCCUGGGGAAUCCUUAGGUAUGUGUUUUUACGCUACUACAGCAAACCGCUAAUAUGCUUUAGUUUGCAUUUGUAGUGGCAGCCAUUAAUGGUGAUAGGCUACAAACAUUUAGCAACAAGGAUGGAAACCUUCCAGCUAUUGUUAAUUGUAACAGAUGAUUGCAACUAUUUACCACUUUUGCUUGUAUUUUUUUGCAGAAUGGAGAAAAUUAAGUAGUAAAAAACAAACUUUGAAAACAUAUGGAAUGUUUCUUGCCAUCAAAAAUAAUAGAUUUGACUUUAAAACUUAUUUCAGCUUGAAGGACUGUGCUUACAACAAACCACUGGACUUAGCUGACCUCAUAACAAAUACUUGUCAAUUAAAGGAACCUGAAUGCCUGUGUGCCUCACUCCAGCCCCUCAAAGAGAUCAUCAAACUGGUUCAAGAAAAAUCAAUCAAAAUCACAGGUGAGAGUUCUACUUAUUUGGAAUUCCUUACAGAUUUAACCCCUUAAGGACACAUGGCAUGUGUGACAUGUCAUGAUUCCCUUUUAUUCCAGAAGUUUGGUCCUUAAGGGGUUAAAGGAGCAGCGUCACUUCUCUGCAAGCAACCGUUUUUCAUUCUCUCACCACAUUAAAGGCUAAUUAAGUGCUUGCUCAGCCAGAGCAGAAUUAACUAUUGUACAGCGCUAUGGAAUCUGAUGGCACUAUAUAAAUAAUAAAAUAAUAAUAACUAUAAGGCGAUCUUAGGCAGCUUCCGAGCACUCAGAGAUUAGGCAGAGGCCCCUGAACCUAGAAUUUGCUUGGCCUCAUUCACCAUCUCUAUGUAUACAAUAAAUGGGAGCUCCAAACUAGUAUCCUACCCAGGGCCCUGCAAGAUCUUAAUCCUUUUCUGUGCUGGGGUAAAAAACAAAAACAAAUUACAUCUGCAUGAUUUAAUAUCUAGGGUAACCUCAACAAUUAUAAUGCUGUGCUCACUCACGCUUAGGCAUCGCGAGAGAAACAAGGUUUAAGCACAGAUACGUUGAGUACUUCCUUCACGAGUAUAGUAUGUACAAAUGGCAUUGUGUGGGUUACAUUUCCAUGUUAGCAAUUCAAUAUAUGUUUAAAAGGUUCACAAUGUGUUUUUACAUUUAUAAAUUAUACAUUUUUUACAUAGAACUCUACAGGUGUCUACAGUUGAAGUCUUGGGGAUGGUGUUAGCGUUAGCACUGGAAUCAGAAUGUCCUUAUGAUUAUGUUUGUACAUAGUAUUACUAUGAAACAUCACAGGUGAAAGAUCGAAAACCGUAAGCUUAUAAUAAUAUCUCCAUUCAUUUGGUUGCGCUAUAUCUUAGACAGCAUUUAUUUUCUACAGACAUGUGAGACCACUCCUUCAUUCCACUCUACACUUUGGCUGCCACAUAUUUGUAAUAUCCACUCCUUCAAAAAAUCGUUAAAAACCCACUUCUUCAUAAAAGCGUAUCAAUUAAACUGUUAAUAGCUCCCGACUAAUUCCUCUUCUGCACCUGUCACUAGUCUAAUACUAUCCUUACCUUUUUGUGUCAUUUUACCCCACUCCCUCUAGCAUGUAAGCUCAUUGAGCAGGGCCCUCAACCCCUCUGUUCCUGUGUGUCCAACUUGCCUGGUUACAACUACAUGUCUGUUCGUCCACCCAUUGUAAAGCGCUGCGGAGUUUGAUGGCGCUAUAUAAAUAACAUUAUUAUUAUUAUCAGAUGCUCUUUAGGUUUUUAAUAACAUUUUGUUUUCAUAUUUCCUGACAGAUGAGCUGUGGAAAUUGAUUUCAGAUUUAACAGGCUGUGUCCCUCCACUUGUUCCCAAAAAGUGUCAGGACAGCACGUAUCGCACCAUAACUGGGGAGUGUAACAACCGGUGAGAAAAGAUAUCAUAUUUUUAAAGAAAAGGAACAAAAUAUAAUUAUGAAUAGAGAAUCACUCUACAAUACUACCUCCAAUAAUGGUUGAGCGUUUUUAAAAAGGCACAAAAUUCAGAUUUGGUACAACCAGAACUCCAAUAUUGGUUGAGCAUUUACACCAAAUUAAAUUAUAUUAUGUAAUGAAACUAUUAUAACAUCUCACUCAUGCAAAUUACCUCCUGCUCUAUCCAUUUAUGCACCAUUAUACCUCUUUUUUCCCCUUUAUUGAUGCUUGUUCUCUCAGUAUCACCUACCAUUCGCCUCACCUGUGCUCUCUUUCAAAACUGAAUUUUUUCCCUCUUUUAUGCCUUUUACAUAUUAUCCUAUAUUCCUUUUAUCACUUACCCAUAGGGGUGACAAUAUAUAGCUCAAUGUCAACAAGGUGAGUUAUACACAGGAAUGUGGCGAAUAUUUAUAAAUUAAAGGAAGAAUGCUCCCUACUUGUUACUGGAGUCAGCAGUCAUGUUUAACUCUCUUGACCAGCAACAUGAGAACACGGAGGAGAGGUGUGUUUUGUGUUAAAAUGUGUUUGACCACAGGAAAUGGUGCGGACUUAGCUCCUCUUCUGGGUUAAAGCUGGUCAAGCGUAGGAAAAAUACAUAAGACAAAAUAGUCUUUUCUUUGUCUUAUGUUUUAAAGAAAACUAGAACAGUUAGGAAGAAAAGAACAUAUUCUGAAAAAGGGAGAGAUGAGGGACCGAUUGGGGAAAGGUAAGUUUGGCAUUACAGUGCCGCUUUAAAUGUGAAAUUCGAUUUGAAUUCUCAACAUUUAUCACUUAAGAAAUUAAGCCUGUAAGAUCUAAAAUUUACCUUGGACUCUUAACAAUUCACACAGUGAAUAACCUUGAAUAUUUAUGUUCUUUCAACUCAACAUACCAUGUUCAAAGAUAGAAAAAGACAGACCUUAUAGGAUCAACUGGGUAACUAAAUGGAUGCGGUGGAUUUCUACAUUUCGUUUUAUUUUACAGACUUCACAAGUGCAUAUUUGUGAGACAGAGGGGGUGUGAAAACCUAAUAUUGAAGAUUAUAUAAAAUCUUAAUGGAACACGUCACUGUCCAAAAAACAAAAUAGUAGACAUACCCCAAGUAAAAACAUGCUUGCAUUUAAUUAUGCAUUUUUUUUUCAUUUGGGGUAUAUAUAAAAACAGCUUCUCAAAAGUUGCAGUUCUCUUAUCUCCUGCCUUACAAACCCUCCUCUUCAAACGCAGCCUGGACUUUCUGUGGCUGUCCAAUCACAGACUUCCCAAUGCAGCUUUAUGAGAACUUUUUGCAAGGCAGGAGCUCUCUGGACUCUUGAGUUUAGCUAAUCAAUCCAGAAGGUAACAUCACUGGUUUUCUGAAUGACAGCCAGGGGGUGUAGCAAGGUUAAUUGAUAAAACUGCCAAUUUCUAUUGAAAUCUGUAUUUUUAUAAAAUGAAAAAAAAAAAAAAAAGGACACAUGAUUCACAAAUGAAGCAUUUCAGUAAGCUAAAGUGCUCUAGGGGGUCUGGAAUGUCUUUUGACAUGAUUCACAAAUGAUGCAUUUCAGUAAGCUAAAGUGCUCUAGGGGUUUUGGAAUGUCUUUUGAAUAAUCAAAUAUUUCACAUUCCAGUGGUCACAAUCUGGUCAAUAAAGGCUUAAGCCAGCAGGACCUAGUCAUGAAAUAAUAAUUGUUAUAAUUUAUCGUUUUAUACUCAUUGUGGAAUAGGUUAAACAAAGAACAGAGCAGGUAGCCUGUAAUAUGUGCUUUAAGGGAUUCUAUAGUUCCCCCUGUUUUUUCCCCCUUCUCCCGUAGCGCUGAAGGGGUUAAAACCUUCAAUCACUUACCUGAAUCCAGCAUCGAUGUACCUUGGCGCUGGGUCAGUCUCCACCCCUGCGCUCCUCCCCGGCCAACAGGGAGACCUAAUGCACAUGUGCAGCAAGCGCCGUGCUCACAUUAGGAUUCCCUAUAGGAUAGCAUUAUUUCAAUGCUUUCCUAUGGGGAUUUGAUUGAUGCUGGAUGUCCUCAUGCACAAAAUGAGGACAUCCAGCAUCAGUUAGUUUUGGUCUGGUAUACAGCCACUAGAGGGGAGUUAACCCUGAGACGUCCCCAAAACCAAAACAUCUCUACAAAUUCUCCAACUGAAUAAAACAUUGAAAAGUUAUAACCUUAUUCAUGUGCUGAUCUGUUUUCUUUUGAAUAUAUUGUAAGGAUGUAGAAAUCUAGAAUGAACAUUACAGUUCACUUGUAGCACUUAUAGUACUAAUAGACAGGGCAAUAAGAUGGAAGAGCUGAAUUCUAGGGUAUGUUAAAUGUAAGGCAUUAGUACACAUAAAAUAAAUAAUCAUGGCACAUAAUAUCACUGUGUGACUUCUAUAUUUCCAGGAAGAAUCCCAGCCUUGGAGCCGCUAAUACAGGCUACAACCGAUUUCUACCAGCUGAAUAUGAAGAUCAACAUGACCGUCCCCAUGGCUGGACAGAGAGCAAGCUGUGGAAUGGGUUCCCCAUACCAUUGGUAAGAAUAUGAGUAUGAAUGUAUGCAUGGAUGGGGUCCAUAAUUUUGUGGGUGGGUUUUAAUACCAUAUACUUUACUUUUUAAGUAGGAUGAAAAAAAUAAAUAUGUUUGAAGGUGAACUGUCACUUACCAGGAUUUUUAAUGUCACAUUUAUCCCAAGUAUAUAUUAUAUUAUUGUCAUUUAUAUAGCACCAACAUAUUUGUCAGUGCUUUACAGUUAUUGAAAAGGGAAACCUGGGAAUUCCUGCUCAAACAAACUUAUAAUCUAUGAAGAUUUUAGGUGAGAAGAUAUACUUCAUUAGGUGGCUCACCCACCAGCUAGUGAUCUAACCUGAUUUGAGUCCGAGUUGCCCAGUUCUACAUCAGCAAUAUUACCAUUGCUCUAACUAGCCAAUAUCUAUCCGUCAAUCCAUCCAUCCAUUAAUUUCAAGAGAUGCUUAAAUGUUAAGGGUGUGAAUGGGGUGUGGCGCGGGACGGGACUGUUCUGAGAAAUAUUACAUGACUUACUAACAUCACAAAUUAAAUUUAUUUUAGAACAGGGAUAAUGUAUUCCAAUUUACACAGACUGAUGUAUUGUACUUUAGGGACACAUUAUAAGUACUAAAUAGUGAGAAACUGCAUUCUGUAUGCUGUAUCUAAAAACUAGCGACUGCGCAGCUAUUGCAGUCUCUAGAAAUGUCCCAUCCCAUGGAUAGGACCAAAAUAACAGGAGGGAACAAAUAAGGAAAUAAUGAGGGUUGACAGAUCACUCUCCAGUUCCCAUGUGAACAUUUAUAGCCAGCAGGUGGAUACUACUUCUAAAACGGGAAUGACUUAUGUUCCCGCAGGCCCUACCCAUAGGCUCAAUGUGAGGGUUAUGAAUUUUAAAAAUACCCAGGGGUCCUAACAUCCCUCUCCGCUUCACCCAUAGAUCGUAGAUGCAGGCUAUUAAUUGUAUAAUACCAAGGGGGCAUUAUUGUUCCCCCUUCCCAAUAAAAAUAUUUUAUUAGUAGAGGUUGGAGGCUCCAAAUAAAAUAUUUUUGCCACUAUUUCUUUUUCUUUUUUUUUGGGUUGUGUGGCAAUGAUCUUGAGGACCCCUAGGCACCCUGGGGAGGUAAUGGGGUGUGUAGCGGAGAGCUAUUAUUGCAUAGCCUACCUCCACUUGUAAAUCCCAGUGAGGCUCAGGAACAGCAGUUACAAAUCCACAGGCAAAGUAUCCAAUAAAAUAAUCCAAUAGUAUCCCAACAGCACUCCCAAUAACUGGACGACACACAGUAUCAGGAGCAGAACUCACAGCUUUAUUCCACAGUGGCCUUUUAAAGCAUGCUCCCAUGCAAGGGAGGGAUUACAUUCAUUAUCACAAUAGCCAAUCCUGUCCUGGUAACCUCCCACACAUCUCCUCCCCUCAGCCGGCAACAUAAUCCCCUUAUCCAGUACAGCAAUUCCCCCGUUUCUGGAUGUACCCCUACACCUAGGGGUACCAUUUUAAAUUAUGCAUCCCCUGGUAGCUCUGAUCUGGGUGAACAACAUAUCCAAAAAUCACCCAGAUCAGACCAGGUGUUCGGGAAUUUCACGGAGGGAAUAAAAUGACCGACCGCACUGGAAGAACUAGCCGAAUUGGGCUCCAUGCAAAGGGGCCCUGCGGUCGGUCCUGGAAAAGAGGCUGGGGAGGGUUCACCUGAAUCCCCUCGUUUCGUUGAUUAUGCCUACCGAACAAGGGGCCGUUCGGUAGUUUGGAACCGAACAGACCGGGCUGAUGGAGGUCUCAGCGGUGUUCGCCUAGUCGAGUGUCCGUUUUGAGUUCCAGACACUCGACGGCAAAACACCGCUGUUCGGGAGUUUAAAAUGGCCGCCGCCACGUGUUCGUUUCCCGAAUGGCGGCCACCCCCGAGAACAAGGAUUGCUAUACAGUUUGUCAAUUACCCGUUCGCAACAAUGUUGCAACGGGUAAUUGAAGGCACACUUCACACCGCGGAGGUCUGAUUGUUCGGUAGUUUCAUUCCCUUAUUUGUUAGAAUGAUUCUACCGAACAAUCAGAUGAAUAACAUUACAUUACUGCAUAUACAUUUAGCAAAUAGACGAAUACAGGGUAAAAAUAAUACAAGUCCCAGGACAGCUUAUGGCCAUCCGCUACAGGGUGGCCAAUGGUAAAAGGUUAUGGGAAGGAUAGACAGCUGUAUUUCCACUUAUUAUUCUAUAUUUUAUUAAUAAGCCCCAACCAACAACAUAGCUUAUAAAAUGAAUAGACCCUACAGAUUUUACACCAGACUUCACACACCUAAAGUUUCUGACCGAGACACAGGUUCUCACCAAAAUUUGCAUUAGUAAAUAUGAGAAUUGCCUUUCUAGUCAUAAUUUGUCAUUUUUGGCUAUUUGGACUAAAUCCAUUGAUUAGUUAAUAAUCAUGGUGGUUUUGAGGACUGGAUUUAUUUAGCUUCAAGAGAAGUGCAUCAGUAAGAUCUUUUUUGUAAUUAUUAUUGCUUUCUUUAUUCAGGUUCGCUCAGUGUCAAAUUUGAUUGUCAAAACAGAACAGUGGACUAAGGAUCCUGACAGAUCCAUCUGGUUCACGGCGAUGGGCCAACAAAUUGCUCAUGAAAUUACCUUUGCAUUACCAAGCCCCACAAAGACUGAUUUUUAUGACCGCAGUAACUGCACCACAAAUUGCAUCCGUGAAGAUCCAUGCUUCCCAAUUAAGGUAAUUAGCUUAUUAAAGUUUCUGUUCCACCUAUGCAUGCUGACCAUAUAACAUAUAUUUUUUUUAAAUUGAGGAAAUGUCAUUCCCAGAAAAGUAAUAGCUUAUUUUUCCUUCACCUCAGUAACUAGUGCUUACUGUGAAUAAUGCAGCAAAGACUGUGGAAAAAAAACUGAUGCACUUCCUGGUUGCAGUGACCUCGCUGCCGUACGAUGCCUCAGCAGGCACGUGUGCAUGGAUGAUAGCUAAUGUAAUGUGUGCAUGCACGCUCUGCAUUUUUUUUUUACCAGUGUCAUACGCAUAUAUGCUCCAUGUGUUCGGCACUGCUAAAAUGAAUGCAUUUACAUACAACGCAUAUAAAUGAAAAUAGCAAAAAAUAUAUAUCUACAAAGAAUCAUAAUAAAAAAUAGCACAUCUUAUUGCUAACAUUUAAGGGGUUGUUCACUAAAUACUGUAUUUUACCAUGGUGUUCGGAUGAACAAAAACAAAAUCCUGCGGAAAUUGAAGAUUAUGCUAGCGUUAGUGUACUUAUAAUCUUAAGUUUAGUAAUGACAGGAGGCGAGUAUUUUGCAUAAAACUCUCUUUACUAACUCCACAUAGCAGUAAAGAAACAUGAAAACCUUAACCAAUCAAAAUGCAAUAGGAAGUAUAGUAUUCACAGUGACGAGGCUCCUCCCCCUCUUUCGAAAGCUACAUCAUGGAUAAAGUUCCAAAAGGUCCAAAGUAUUGUAACAUGCACCAACAGGUGACUUUCCAAUAAACAAACUUUCAAUGGAUGAAGGAAGGUCCAAAGGUGCCCAUCCUGAAAAUGAACUGUAAUGCUGCGAAUUUACACUGAAAGAGAACGUGAAAUAGGUUGGGUACCGGUCUGGAAACUGUUUGAAGUAAUGGUAAUAACCCAACGCAAUCUCACAGAGAUGUCACAUUAUCGGCUAUCAACGACUGAUUAUAAACGACAAGUAAAUGUUAUUAACAAACACAAUCCGAACAUAUCCCCAUAUCUAGGAGGAGCGAGCAAGACAGAGGCAAGGAAGGAAUAUAUUGAAGAUAGAUAUACUUACGUGAGUCCUUUCUCCCCAAAUGUGGGAAGGGUGGGAAAAUACUCGCCUCUUGUCAUUACUAAAAUUAAGAUUAUAAGUACACUAACGCUAGCAUAAUCUUACAUUUUACCACAUAACAGGAAGCUUCCUAUUUUGCAUUUUUAAUGCUGAUGUAGGCAAGACGUGGCCGCCCCUGAGCUCGGGCGGAAGUAGAAAGUCCGAAAUGUAGAUUCUCGCGACCAGUCCGCGGAACAUAGGAUAUCCGCCAGCGAAGCGCCCGCCGAGAAAGCCACCGCCCCGCGAAUGGAGUGGGCUCCGAAGACCUCGUCCACUCCCGCCAGUGAUAGAAUCCAUCUUAUCCAUCUGGCGAGAGUGGUAGUCGAGACGGGUACGUGAGGUCUAUCGUAAGACACAAAGAGUUGUCCCGAAGAGGAGAAUCGAAGCGGGGCUGUGACCUCCGCAUACUGAUGUAGAGUGGACAUCACACAAAGUUGAGGAUCGGUGGGAAAAAAAAGGGUAGAAGACCGACAUAGAGUCAGAUUUCGUACGACGCGAUACUCGAAAGGUAACACCCUCUGGGGAGACCGAAAGAGCAUCGUUGUAGAAGGCCUGCACGUCCGAUACCCGGCGGAACAAGACUAGGCAAAGCAGGAGCGUCAUUUUAGCUGAGAGUUGUCUGAGGGAGAGUCUGCCGUUAUCCAGCCAGUCUCUCAAAAACUGUAAGACAACUUCGACGUCCCAUAAGUGAGAGUAUUUGGGCCUCAGAGGUCUCUGUAAUCGGAUGCCCCUUAAGGAGUCAGCAUACCAGUAGGUCUUUCCCUACGGGUAUCCCCAUGACCGGUACGUGAGCCGCCGAAAUCGUGGAGCGCACGACGUUGAGUGACCGGUAGGUGCGACCCGCAGAAAAAGAUAGGAAAGAAAAUUCAGGAUGGCCGUUAUAGGUGCAGUAAAGGGAUCGAGGUUCCGUUCACUGCACCAAGAGGACCAGGACUUCCAAGCUGAUAGGUAACAUCGUCUGGUUCCUGGUGCCCAUGAAUCCCAUAUGAGAUCUCUAGCCGCUUGCGAUAUUUCGCUGGUGUGCCAGGCACCCCUGAAAGAGUCUGGGCCACCAAGGCGAGAUGGUCUUCCAGGAUGAGAGGAUGAGGGUUCCCAGUGGCGUGAGAACCAGUCCGCUGUCAGGUUCAUUUCUCCCGGGAGAUAUUCUGCCAUGAGGGAGAUUUUGCAGUAUCUCCUUUGCAAUCUCUGAGAGUAGUCGGGACCGUGCUCCUCCCAAGCGGUUGAUGUAGCGGACCGCUGAGACGUUGUCCAUCCGGAGGACAAUGCAGCAGUUCGUCCUGUCCCUCGCUAGGCUGCGGAUCGCGAACUAUCCCGUUAGGAGUUCCAGACAAUUUAUGUGAAGGUCGAUUUCUUGAGCAGUCCAGGCACCUCUUGUCGACUUGCCUUCGCCCUUAGCGCCCCAGCCCCAGAGGCUGGCGUCCGAUUCCAGGUCUAUGUCGGACGUGUUCCCGAAGGAAGAAAGGAGGUCAUCAGGCGUUGCAUCGCCCUGUAGUGGAGCGGUCCCGGGAAGAUUGCCUGGAGUAUACACACAGAAUAUAUACAUAAAGUAGUAUACACAAAUCACCAUAAACAGUAAAAAAUUAAAGGGAAGAGCCAAAACUCUGACCUGUCUGCUGAUGGAGCAGUAAAGAAAGAAGGGGAGGAGCCUCAUCACUGUGAAUACUAUACUUCCUAUUGCAUUUUGAUUGGUUAAUGUUUUCACUUUUCUUUACUGCUAUGUGGAGUUAUUAAAGAGAGUUUAAUGCAAAAUAGGAAGCCUCCUGUCAUGUGGUAAAAUUAUAGAAUUCUUCACACAAUGGCAAUUCUUAUAUUAAGGAAAACCAAAUACAGUCAGAAUUCUAGAGUUCGGAUGCAUUCGGCGGCCGGAUUAAAACCUGUGCUUUCACAUCUGAAUCUUAUACAAAGUAUGGGAUUUAAAAAGCACUGACUUUGGACCGUAAGGGGCCGACUGCAUCCAGAAGGAUGCACAUUCACAAAUUAUGGUACGAUUUGUCAAUUGGCAGUGCUAGCAGCUAGAUGGCAAAUUGUUAAAUAACCGUCAGCAAUAAAAUGUACUGGCUGGCCAGCACUUGUUAGUCAGCCAACACAUUAAAAAGUUUUAAAAAAAUAAAGCCUAUGAGGGCAAGAAUUUCAUUAAGGUUGGUUUAAAACCUCUCUAUGCCUGUAUGGCAGUUGGGGGCAUAUCUACUAAUGUCUACAUACAUAUCAUUUUUUGGGGACACUUUAUUAUGUUUUCAUGGGUGACAUGUAACAAGUCAUAGAAAAAGAAUCUAGAAUCUUUGUCAGGAAAUGUUCACAAAGAACAUGUAAAGCAUAAAAUAUAAGACAAUGUGUAGUCUAAAAGGCUAGUGAACCCUAGUAAAACGUACAGCUUGGUGACAAUCCCAAAAAUGAACUAAUACAACAUACACAUAUGCACACUAAAAUACUAACAGAUACACACAUACUAUUGCACAUAUACACUCAAACACUCACAGAUACACACACACUAUUAUACAUAUAUGCACUCACAGAUACACACAAUCUGUUAUACAUAAACAUUGUUACACAUGCAAUAAAAAGAAAAAAGAAAAACAGUUUAUUCCCCCAGCCCCUAGUUAUCUACUAUGUUGUUCCAGUGUAUCUACUCCCACAAGCUCUGGUGUAUGGAGCAUUGACAUGGAAACUCACAGUUAAAUGUAGUCCGUCUUCCCCUGCACACAUGGUGGUGCAGAGACAGAGUGUUUCAAUUGAAAUGUGUUUCUGUAUGAAGUAUAUAUGUUUGCGUAAAUUCAGGAGUGUAUUUUUGUAGUCUUGGUGAUUGAAUGCAGGGUUAUACUUUUGUUUAGUUGUGGGGUGUUUGGAUGCAGGUAUGCCAUAUACAUAUACAAAGGGCUAUACAAGAAAGGGCUCCAAAGCCCAUGUGUCCAUGACCCCUGAGGUAGCUGCCCCGGCUGCAUUGCUGGUCAUUCUGCCUCUGCUUUAACAUAGAAUAAUCUUAUGAUUCAAAUAAACAUUAUGCACAUUUUUAUUUAACACAAACUAUAAUGUAGUAAUUGUGUAGUAAGAGGUUAAACUGCAGAUUCAGGGGACAUGACUUAAAGCAUUAUUCACUAAGGUGAAUUUCAAAUUUAAAGGCAGAGUGGUGGAAUUUAAGGCCAUUGUACAGAACACUGGUGAGAUCUCGUACUGGAGAUCGUAUCUUCAGAAGGAUAUUGAUACUUUCAAUAUCAGAGAAGGGCUACUAAACUGGUUCAUGGAUUGCAGGAUAAAACUUACCAGGAAAGGUUAAAGGAUCUUGACAUGUAUAGCUUGGAGGAAAGACGAGACGGGGGAUACGAUAGAAACAUUUAAAUAUAUAAAGGGAAUCAACACCAUAAAGGAGGAGACUGUGGCAAAACUAGCCACUUAAGACUAUUCAUAAAUUGAAUGUGUUGAUCUCCCUGUUUCAGCUGUGAGAACCAAGUGUAUUACUGUAUGUGUCUUUCAGACGAAUGAGGGCGUUCGUAUGCUUGCAGUGUGAAAAACCCAGCAUUCCCAAUGUAGUUUCAAGAACAGUGAGUUUCAACACUGUUCGUGAAACUAAUAAACUACCGAAUGGUCGACCACACACAAGAGGUCGUGUGGCGCCCAUUAACUGAUUGCAACAUUGUUGCAAUCGGUAGUUAAAGGCUUCCCUAGGUGGCUGUCGUUCGGCUACCGACCACGCGGCAGUCGGCCAUCUUGGAUCCUUUGUUAGCCCAGCGGGGUUUUGCCAUUGAGCGCCUGGAACUAAAAUCGUCUACUCGACGGCGCGAACACCGCUGGACUUCCAGGCCAUUCGGGAGCCCCGGGCGUUCGGUAGUUUGUUCCCCUAAUAGUAAUCGCUAUUUUAACAGUGUGUUGGAAAUAAUGUGUAUUUCGAGCGGCGUUCGGUUAGUUAGACUGGGAGCUGAGCGGUAUUCUCACGAACUGUGCGCUCAGCCUCCAGCUCUCUACUGAACGUCCAUUCGUUAAAAUACAGUGAAUAUCAAGUAAGUUAUACAUUUCAAUGUAAAAUGUAAGUUCUGCUGCACGGAGGGAUAAUCCCCUUAACGGUAUAUUCCAGUGGGAGUAGCCCUCCUGUCCAGCAGUGCAUGAUGGGAGAAAUGUAUGUGUUGGUCAGUUCCCCAUGUAGUCCCCUACUGUACCACCCCUGGAAUGUCAGUAGGGAAACCCCUUGCAUGGGGAAUCCCAUAAAUACAGUGACCUGUGAUUAAAAGCUCAGUUGACUCCCAGCCUAUGUGUCGUCUAGUUCUUGGGAAGGAAGGAUUCUUAUAACGCUACCGGGAUUAUUGUAUGCUGUAUUCAUUUCCUUGGAUUAUUUUAUGCUGUUCCUGUUACCCAGGAGAUACUGUAGAUUAUACUACCUCUCCGCUACAGAGACUAUAUUUAAAUUAAGAAAAAUUACCACAAUAAGAGGACAGUCUUAAAUUAGAGAGGCCAAGGUUUAAAAUAAUAUCAGGAAGUAUUACUUUACUGAGAGGGUAGUGGACACAUGGAAUACCCUUUCAGCUGAAGUGGUAGAGGUUAACACAGUGAAAGAGUUUAAGAAUGCUUGGGACAGGCAUAAUGCUAUCCUAGCUAUAAGACCAGGGAGAAUUUUGAAAAUUGGGCAGACUAGAUGGGCCGAUUGGUUCUUAUCUCACAUUCGAUGUUUCUAUGUUUGUAAGUAAAGCUAGCUUAGAUAAUUCAUAUAGUUCAGCUAUUUUGACCUUAAAUUUGAAAUUCACUUUGAAUUUUCACUUUAGUGAAUUACCCUGUUAAUGUAAUAUUUCAAGCAUGAUAUAGAAUUAUCUGUAUUAAAAUUGGAUUUAUUUGAAGGCAUCAUACAUUUAGAAUGAUUUGGAAGGUCUUCUGUCAAUAUUAGAAUAUUUCAAUUAUUUUGUUUGUUACAUUUUUGGUACACUAAUUUUGGGAUCUUAAUCUGUAACCUAUGUUAUUAUUCAUGUCUGUUUUGUUUGAAGAUUCCACCAAAUGAUCCUAAGAAUCAUAGUGGCUGUAUACAGUUCAUCCGUUCAGCUCCAGUGUGCAACCUGGAAUCUCCAAAACGUGAGCAGACGAAUGGUGUCACAGCUUUCAUUGACGGUAGCGCAGUUUACGGUAGUGAUAAUCAAACGGCCGAAGAGCUUCGUGACCAUACAAACGAUCUGGGUCUGCUAUCAGUUAACCAGAACGUCACAGACAAUGAUCACCCAUACUUGCCAUUUGAUCCAAAUAGUGGAGGUGCAUGUGUUAAUGGUACUCCCUGCUUUAAAGCAGGUAAGUGGAAAGUGAAAUUUAUAAUAUAUAGUUAAUUUACAGAGAAUUAUAUUUCACACACUAUUACACUUCAGGGAUUAUAAGUGUUAAGAUUCCUGAGUUCAGGGGGGCGGAGCUAAGACCUGAAGCCGAGCAGACGCCAUAUCUGCGAGCUCCUAUCUUGAAACUGGGAAAACCAGUAAUAUCUUGAGAAACACUCGCUACGCAGUCCAUAACACAACACAAGCGAAACCGGGAUCGAAAACCGAAUCGGUAGCUGCCUUUCAUGCUUACACCGAGGUCUGUCAAACUGAAACACAGACCCAAGGCCUACCAAACACUGACCAUCUACGACCUGGAGAAACUGAUCGGCGGAGCCUACAUACAUGGUGACUUUGAUCCGGACAACGAUAUUUACCCAUACCAACACAAUACACCAGAGCCCAUGGGGAAGCACACACAAAAAGUCCACACCGGAGCCAAUACAGAGCAGCAGGACAUCGGCACAUUGUUGCAGCGGCAGGUAAAACCUAAAAUGGCCCCCACAGACCCAAUGCCACCCUGCUCACGACCCACACAGCCUCUCAAAUGGACAUAGACAUCACGAUGCUGGCAACCAAUGCGGCACCGGAUGGCUCCUCACUUGCCACCAAACAAGACCUACAAACCUGGGUGCAGGACAUACAGAAAAUGCUGGCCACAGAUGUGGGUCUCCUGAAAGCAGACAUGCAAAAUGUCACCGACCGUGUGCGAGCGACAGAGGAAGACAUCAUAGAUAUACAUAGCAGCAUGACAACCAUAAAACACUCUAUACAACAACUACAAACUUCCCAGCAAAGCCUGACACAAAUGUCCAUGCAAGAAGACCGCGCUAGACGCAAUCACAUAAAAAUCCGCGGAAUACCCGCCGACACACAGGCAGAUGACCUGCCAUACUAUAAAAGGAGGCUCCUAGCCACUAUCUUGCCACCGGCAAUCAACCGAAAAAUCAUGCUGGACGGCCUAUACCGACUACCAAAUGCCCCCACUGUACCCAACGCACCUACCAGAGAUGUCAUACUGCGCUGUGCCACCUCCCAGGACUGGAACCACAUCAUGACUGCCAUCCGCUGCAAAACCCCUCUUGCAUUUGACUCUGUCCACUAGUCGUUCUACCAGGACUUAACCCGAGCCACAUUACAAUGGCGCAAGUUGCUGACCCACCUAACGAGUCACUUACGCACAAUAGGAGUGCCUUACCGCUGGGGAGCACUGGGAACCCUGCUAAUUACCCACAAUGGCACUACCCACAAGAUAGCCACAGACAUGGAGGUACCCGCACUUCUACUCAAAUUGGGACUGCCAGAUAUACCUACCAAUGCACCACAACGAACACAGCCCAGGGCAUGGAACCCAGCCAAUACCACACCGUUCUUCCCAUGGUCGGCUGCCUCCACAAAUCCAAUGACUUGACCGGGACCGGAACAGUCUACCACCCAAGCAGUCCACAUGGACCCUAAAUGAAUGAUUGCCACUAACAGAAACCAGUAAAAGUGCCUUCGCAUUCUUCUGAUACCUGUUAUAAAAAGUUAACAUUUAUUGUAUCUAGAGACCCUCGCGCAGCUCCCAUGUCUAGCAGCGUUAGGACUCGAGCUCUUGGCUCACUCAUUAUUCUAAACGUUACAGCACCACAGCAAUAUCCCACCGCCACCCCCUUGGUUAGGGGGUAACAUAACGGCCAGAGUGUCCGCAGACACACCCAAACACUGCUAGGACGGGAUCACCUGAACCACCCCACGGAGACACCCCUGACUCACAACUCGAAGAUAAACAUACUUAACUACACAACGCCUGUUAUACAUACAAAAGUGUGAUCCAGCCUGUAGGUACACUAAAUAGUGCACUUUCUCAUGCCACCCUGUACUCACCACUAGGCUCACUUUGUCACAUAUGUGGACAUACAUGCUUGACCACAUUAAAUUGCACAUAAUAACAAAUAAGAAAGCAUACAAGCAGAACCACCACCAAAGCCUUAAGCUGUCUGAGCCCAAAUUGUUUCAAAAGUGCACAACAAAAACAUUCCUCUCAUAGCUGUGUUCUGCAAACCAGUUACACGCACAAAUAGUCUGAUUUUUACCUUGUUCUCUCUCCUGUGUCUAGAAAUACCUAUACUCUGUCCUCGGACUUGUAUGCCUAGCCUGAUUUUCCCAUUAUAUUAUAAAAUUGUGCAGUAUCAUCCUAAUGUCGCACCAUGCAACGUUCCUAAAUGUAUAUGACACUAUACAAUAUGUUCCUGUUUUUAUUUGAUUUUGUUUCCAUUUUACAGGAGAUAUUCGGAACAGUCAGCAGCCUUUUAUUAUGGUUUCCCAAACUCUUUGGUUGCGACUUCACAACAAUGCAGCUACUCAGUUGCAUAAAUUAAACCCAACUUGGAAGGGAAAUAUUCUGUAUCAAGAAGCCCGGAAAAUUGUUGGUGGUGUAAUACAGGUGAGGUUUGUUCCUCAUCUGUAAUAAACUUAAUAUCGCAUCUUUAUUUAUUUCCAAGUAUGAAUCUCGGUUGUUUUUCCUUGCCAGAAAAUAGUCUUUCAUGACUGGUUGCCCUUACUGUUGGGAUCAAAGAUGCCUAAAGUCUUACCUGAAUACACAUCGUACCGUGAAGCUUCAAAUCCACAAUUGGCCAAUGGAUUUACAAUUGCUUACCGCAUAGGUCAUAUAGUGGUACCAACAACCGUCAACUGGCUAGAUAAAAACUAUGAGGUCAUCCGCCAAGAACCACUCCACAAAACCUUCAAUGCCCCAUGGUUUAUUCUGAACAAUGGUAAUAUGAAAAUAUUUACUGCAUUUCCAUUAUAGACAUACUCCAGAAUUUUCUGAACAUAAAUAAACUCUACCAGUGACUUCAGUCUGAUUUUUGUUUCCUUUAUAAAAAUGCAUCCAAGAUAUUUUCUAGGAUUUCAACAAUUUACUAAGGGCUCAUUUCCAUUGUUUUUGCUACUUUUUAACAACCAGCCACUACUUGCCAAAAUGCCCAUCAUUACUGUUAGCUAGUAGUGGCUGUUUAUAGACUCUGAAAUUUUACAAGGAGUGCACCUGAGUUUCCAGCAGUCACUAUUUACACAGUUAGUGUCUAGGAAGUGGCUUUUGAUUGUCAGUAUUCUCCAUGGCAGCCUCUAACAGCUACUUAGCAUCUGGUUUCCAAGACAAAUAAAUUAAUAGCAGUUACAUCCUACAGGAAAAAUAAAUGUAACCUAUAUGGCAUUACAUGGAAACCCUCACACAUAUCAAAGCAUUUUAAACCAUAUCAUAAAGCAGUAAAACUAAAGGAUAACAAAUACAUCGUUAUAUAAGUGCAUUAUAUAAUUCUUUAUAUAAUCUGUCUUAUUCAAACAGAGGCUUUUAGCUUCAGGUUUAUAAUUUGUGCUUUUUGCAUCUGAACGCUAUACAAAGUAUAGGAUUUGGAAUAUGUACAAAGCACCGAUUUUAAACUUGAUUGAGACCGAAUGCAUCCAGUAGGAUGCACUUUUGCAAAUUUUUGUUCACUUGCUUUUUGCAAGGUAAUGAUGAUUUGAAGUACUAUUUGUCCGCUAGCAGUUCUAACAGCCAGCUGUCAAAUUGUUAAAAAAAACACAUCGGCGGCGUAAAGGUAAAUAAUAUAGUGGCUGGCCAGAGCUUUCUAGCCAGGCAUCACAUUAAAAAUGUGAAUUUAAAAAAAACAUGUGGGGGUUCCAUAUGACUCCCAUACUACUGUAAGGGAGCUUUUUAACCUCCUGCCAUGCUGUGGGUGGGGGCACAUAUUCUAAACAGUGAGCCGCUAAUGUAACCUUAAACUAGUGACUGGGCAUUGCUGGGGACAGCAAGUGGGGGGGGGGGGGCUGGAACAUGUCCUCCAGGCUCCCCCACUUGGCAUUGGGUACAGGCUUUACAUUAAAUAAUGGGUGUAGAGAGAUCAGUUCCCAGUCUCAAGUCCCACCUAUAGAUAAUUUAAUAACCGUGGGGACCCAAGCUCCCCCCAGCCACACCCAUGGGCAACAUACAUUUGUCCACCCCUCAAGUUCCCAAGCCCUAGCUACCACCAAAUUAAAAAUAAGCCUACCUAAUGCUAAUAAUAGUGAGGAAAGCUCAAAAAUAUUGUUACUGGUGAUCAGCCAGUAAAUAAAAAAAUCAAAGUUGGAAACUAGAUGAUAAUCCGUAGCUGCUACUGACUAUUAUGAAUAGUGACAGCUCUUUAGCAACAAGGUUGGAAAUAAACUAUGAUUUUAUAUUUAAGGAUUCAAGAGCUCAUAUUGUUACUAUUUGUUUUGUUAUAAGUAGACUAGAUCCACUAUUUUUGUUAUUUUCUAAUGUGAUACAUUACUGCCGCUUAGUGGGGAAAGAAUAGAUCAGUUUUGUAAAGUUCAGAAAACUUUUUUUUUUUUAGAGAGAGUUUUCUUCAUUAUAUAUGCUAUUAUAUUGGGGUAAACUGCUGCCAUCAUGUGGGAAAGGAACAAAAAGGUUCUAAAAGUUAUAUAGGUAUUCUUUUGUGCACAUGAAAACCUUUAGAGUUUACUUUUGCAAUUCAAGUUUACUUCAGAAAAUGUAUUAGACAAGAAUCUCGUGUAUCUACUUAAAUAUCUUUACUGGGGAUUAGCACCUUUCUGCUUAUUUGUGAAGUUGAUUUUGGUUGGUUUGUAGGGAUUCUCCCUAUAUUGCAGCAGUUUUAAUUUAUCAGGGUGGGGAUCCUUCAUCUCCAUCCCCCAAUUCACAAUUUUUUGAAAUUAUAAAGAGCACUGAUUCAUUUAUUGUCCUUUAACCCCUUGGUGACCAGACCGUUUUUAAAAUUUUCUUACCGUUAAGGACCAGGGCUGUUUUUACAUUUCUGCAGUAUUUGUGUUUAGCCGUAAUUUUCCUCUUACUCCUUUACUGUACCCACACAUAUUAUAUACAGUUUUUCUCGCCAUUAAAUGGUCUUUCUAAAGAUGCCAUUAUUUUCACCCUAUCAUAUAAUUUACCAUAAAACAAAUGAUAAAAUAUGAUGAAAAAAUUUAAAAAAAACAAUACUUUUUCUAACUUUGACCCCCAGAAUCUGUUACGCAUCUACAACCGCCAACAAACUCCCAUGCUAAAUAGUUCCUAGAUUUUGUCCUGAGUUUAGAAAUACCCAAUGUUAACAUGUUCUUAGCUUUUUUUUUUUGCAAGUUAUAGGGCUAUAAGUACAAGUAGGACAUUGCUGUUUCAAAAUAUAUAUUUUUAAAUUUUAUCAAUAGUGACAUUGUCAUAAAUCUCUGAAUCACAUCUCACAUGUACAAAUUUUUUUUAAAGUAGACAACCCAGGAUAUUCAAUAUGGAGGAUGUCCAGUCUUUUUUAGUAGCCACUUAGUCACAAACACCAAUAUAAAUUUAGCAUUUAUAUUUGUGUGUUAAAAAUGCAAAAAACAAUUAUGAACUCUAACUUUGGCCAGUGUUUGUGACUAGGUGGCUACUAAAAAAGACUGUACAUACCCCAUUUGCAAUACUUAGGGUUGUCUUCUUUUGCAAAUGGUAUGCCACUGUGGGGGUCAUUCUCAUGCUUGACCUUGUAACUUUCAAAACCACUAUAAAACCUGUACAUAUAUAUAUAUAUUACAUAUUGAUAUAUCUGAAGGCUACAUGUAUAUUUAUGAAAUUAUUUAAGUAAAUAUAUAAAUAUAAUUUCAUUCUAAAUGCAUUUUGAUAUAAAGAUAUUAAUAUCAAAAUACAGUUAGAAUAAAAUUACAUAUAUAAUUUUUUUGUAAUUUUUAAUUUUUUAAAAACUAUUUUUGCUUAUUUAUAUUUUAUAAUAUACAAUAUAUAGUUAUUAUAGUUAUAUACACAGGUGUAAUUUAAUUAUAAGUUUAUUUUUAUAUUAAUAUAUGUAUAUAUUAAUAUAGAAAUACACUUUGACAAAAUAUAAAUAAGAUGUGUGUAUACAUAUAUUAUAUAUGUGUGUAUAUAUAUCUCUUAUACAUAUAUUAUUAUUAUUAAUAAUUUUGUUUAACUACUAAAAAAAUUUAUUUUUCAGAAGCAGGGAGACUGCCGGACAGCCCAGGCAGUCCCCUUGCAGGUAGAUGCCUGGGCGCCUAUUGCGGCCAUGUGAUCACUCUUUUAAAGCGUUCACAUGGCCCGUGGGGGACUAAUUUCUCGAGGGGGGACUGUCUGUGCAGUCAGGCAGCCCCCCUAGACUGGGAGCAACACCGAUCAGUAAGUAGUAAGGAAUGCCACGGACGUACCUAGUAUGUCCGCAAUCCUUAAGGGGUUAAAUGUGACUGUCUUCCUUAAACUUUCAUGUCAAAACUUUAUCACAGUGUUAAGAUCCAAUGUGCUUUAUUUCAGAACUGCAUAUAUAAAACAUGUUUGAAGGUCAUAUUUAACAAAUAUUCUUACCACAGGUGGCAUUGAUCCAGUGGCCCGAAGCAUGAUGGUUAAUCCUGCCAAAUUGAAUCUUCAGAACCAACUGAUGGUUGAUGAGUUAAGAGAGUUUCUUUUUCUGCUUCAAACUAAAAUAGGAUCUGAUCUAGCAUCUCUUAACAUGCAACGAAGCUAUGAUCACGGUAUACCAGGUAAUAUUAAGGAAUUACUCAAGCUCCUACUCAGAUUCAAUGCUCAGAGCAGUUUAUUUAACUUGAUCUUUUCAACUUUGCAUUGUGAACUCUCGUAGAAAUGAAAUUAUGCAAUUAUUAUGCAAAACUACACCCCAAGGUUAAGAACAAAUAUAUUUAAUUUUUACCUUUAGAAUUCAGUUGUUUCAGAUUAUAGGAACUAACUUAAAAAUAAAAAAAAUUACCAAAAAUCCAGCACCCACACAGAUGUACCAAAUCCAUUGUUAUAGGAAUAAGAAAAUUAAUUGUGUCAGCAAAUGCCCUGAAGACUCGGUCACUAUUCUGUCCAAUAAAGUGCCCAGUAAUAGUCACAGAAGCUGAUCAAACAGUUCCAUACAAUAUAUGCCACAAUUAUAGGAUCAUAACGAAAUUCUUGUUGAUCCAGGAAUUAAGAGAGAAGGUACAGAACUUGCAUGUAGAAUUAUCUUACCAUUUGCAUCAAGACAGUGAAAACCUACUGACAACCAACAAAAAAAAAAAUCAAACCCUUCAGUACGCCUUUGCACUGGCAGCAAGCACCCAUUAUGGUACGGACUGAGAUGGAGAAUAUAUUCAAUUAGAUUUCUUUCAUUUUGUUACUAGAUUAUUACUUUAGUAUAAUGAUACUACCAUUGUUACAUAUAGUUUACUUCUGUAAUAUUUUGUACUUGAUGUUACAUGUAGUUAAUAAUCUGGCUGAUAGAAUUUUGGUUGGCAAAUACGUACUUGUUUAUAACAAAUGGCUAGCCUGCUCCAUUCCCCCUGAUCCCCCCAGUCCCCCCGCCCCACCCUGCUUGCCACUCCCAGCUGUAAAUGCCUUUUAAGUAACUGUUUUUCUCUCUUCCUUAGCCCCAAGUCAUUAUACAUCCCUGCAUGAAGGCCUUUUAAUUUUACUCGGCCUUUAGUUCCGCAGGACCCGUCCCCCCUCAUUGGUAGCUGUAUGGAAUAGCUUACUUUAGAGUAUCUCGACACUUCAAAAAUGGGACUGGUUUGAAUUUAUGUCCUGUUUCAGUAGGUUUUGCACAUGCCUUUAGUGUCCUUAAGAAGGAGUUGCCAUUCAGGCAGCAAAGCCAAAUGCCCAUGAGUGGAGGCAUGGUAUUGGCCUCUCUAUUCAGGGCCAUCAUCCCAUCAUCCACAGGAAAGAGAAGCAAGAAGUAAUCUUGAAAGUAGUGAGCACAGUAGCAGCAGCUUCUUGGCCCUGACAAAUGUACAGCGAGGGAAAAAAGUAUUUGAUCCCCUGCUGAUUUUGAACAUUUGCCCACUGACAGAGAAAUUAUCAGUCUAUAAUUUUAAUGGUAGGCGUGACAGACAGAAUCACACAAAAAAUCCAGAAAAGCGCAUAUCAAAAAAGUUAUAAAUGGAUUUGCAUGACAAUGAGUUAAAUAAGUAUUUGACCCCUUCAACUUAGUACAAAACCCUUGUUGGCAAUCACAGAGGUCAACCGUUUCUUGUAGUUGGCAACCAGAUUUGCGCACAUCUCAGGAGAGAUUUUGUCCCACUCCUCUUUGCAGAUCCUCUCCAAGUCAUUAAGGUUUUGAGGUUUGACAACCUGAAUCUUCAGCUCCCUCUACAGAUUUUCUAUGAGAUCAAGGUCUGGAGAGGAGCCACUCCUUUGUUGCCUUGGUUGUGUGUUUUUGGUCAUGGUCAUGCUGGAAUACCCAUCCAUGAUCCAUUUUCAAUGCCCAGGCUGAGGAAAAGGAGGUUCUCACCCAAGAUUUGAUGGUACAUGGCCCCGUCCAUUGUCCCUUUGAUGCGGUGCAGUUCUCCUGCCCCUUAGCAGAAAAACAGCCCCAAAGCAUAAUGUUUCCACCUCCAUGUUUGAAGGUGGGGGAUGGUGUUCUUGGGGGUCAUAGGCAGCAUUCCUCCUCCUCCAAACACAGCGAGUUGAUGCCAAAGAACUCGAAUUUAGUCUCAUCUGACCACAACACUUUCACCCAGUUCUUCACUAAAUCAUUCAGAUGUUCAUUGGCAAACUUCAGACAGGCCUGUACAUGUGUCUUCUUGAGCAGGGGGAACUUGCGGGCGCUGUGUUAGAAACAAACAAAAAAACAGAACCCUUGGAUUAGGAGACUGUGUGUGUGUGUGUGUGUGUGUCUCUUCUGGAUAUCCAAAUAGGGGGUAACCCUAACUAAACACGAAGUAAAAAGAGUAUGAUCAAGGAUACUGUAUCCCAUAUGUAGAUAGGACUGGUUACAAGCUGGUUUAUCCUCCUUAAAGGUUCCAUUACGCUUUACUGUUUCCUCUCACACAUUGAUAAGGCAAUUUUUGAGCUGUUCAGCAAACUUGUUUUUCAUUUCAGUGUAUUUUUCGUAGUUAACCCCUUCAGGACGGAGUCAAUCGUACACAUUCUGAUCAAAACAAAAUGUAAACAAAAGCUGGAAUUUGCGCUAUAUGUCUGUUCAACUGUAAUUCACCGCUGUCACAUUAAGUGCACCCACACUUGUUAUAUAUCAUUUUGUUCAGGAGAAACAGGGCUUUAAUUUAUCAUUAAUUAUUCAUAUAUGGAACAUAAUUUAUAAUGAAUAAAAUAUUAAAAAGUGAGAAAAUAGUAUUAUUAUUUUUUUUUUAAAUUUGUAUUUCCGUCUUUUUUAGCUGUUAAUGUCAUAAUACUGUUAGGUUUUACUGCAAAAAAAUGCACAUAUUUGUAAUCAGCGAUGUCUCACGAGUACAACAGUACUCCCCAUUAACAGGUUUUAUGGUGUUUUGGAAAGUUACAGGCUCAAAUAUAUCACAUUAGAUUUUGAAAUUGAAAUUUGCCAGAUUAGUAAUGUUACCUUUGAGAUGGUGUGGUAGCCCAGGAAUGAGAAUUACCCUCAUAAUGGCAUACCAUUUGAAAAAGUAGACAACCCAAGGUAUUGAAAGUGGGGUAUAUUUAGUCUUUUUUAGUAGCCACUUAGUCACAAACACUGGCCAAAAUUAGCGUUCAUAUUUGUUUUUGUGUGAAAAAAGCAAAAAAAUUAUAUUUGGCCAGUGUUUGUGACUAAGUGGCUACUAAGAAAGACUGGACAUACCCCACUUGCAAUACCUUGGGUUGUCUACUUUUGCAAAUGGUAUGCCAUCAUGGGGGUAAUUCUCAUUCCUGGGGUACCAUACGCUCUCAAAGGCAAUAUAACUAAUGGGGGUACUGUUAUUCUCAGGUGACUUCACUAAACACAAAUAUUAGUGUUUUAAAACAGUAAAACAUAUUACAACAAUAAUAUAGUCCGUAAAAGUGCAGUUCGUUUGUAAAAAAUGCAAAAAAUUUCACUUUUACUUAAAAUAUCAUCGUUGUAAUACAAUUUAUCAUUUUGAAACACUAAUAUUUGAGUUCAACAAAGUCUCCCGAGUAAAACAGUACCCCCUAUGUACAGGUUUUAUGGUGUCUUGGAGAGUUAAAGGGUCAAAUAUAGUGCUUGCAAAUUAAAUUCUCUGCACUCCCUGUGUUGUCAGGCAUGUCAAUCAAAUUUUAAUUAAUCAAAUCACAUAAUUAUGUUAAAAGAUUACUUAAAUAUACACAUAGAAUUUUAAUACAUAUGCAUUUAUAGGUAUUUAAAUUCUACGUGUAUACUAAUGUAAUCUUUUAUGUAAUUAUAUGUAUUUAUAUAUAUAUAUAUUUAUAUUUGCGGUUAUUUGUAUUUUAUAGAUAUAUAUAGAAUGUCAUUCUAAGUGUAUUUUGAUAUAUAUAUUAAUAACAAAAUACAGUUAGAAUGAAAUUACAUAUGAAUAUAUAAUUUAUAUUAAAUUUUGUUUCAAUAUUUUAUUUAUUUAUUAUUGUAAUCAUACGUGUGUGUAUAUAUAUGUAUAUAAUAUAUGAUUAUAUAUCUAUUAUAUAUAUAAUAUAUAUACAUAUUAUAUAUGUAAUGUCAUUCUAAGUGUAUUUUAAUACUAAUAUAUGUACUUAUAUUAAUAUUAAAAUAUACUUUGUAUGACGUGAGAUAUAUAUAUAUAUAUAUAUAUAUAUAUAUAUAGAGAGAGAGAGAGAGAGAGAGAGAAAGAGAGAGAGAGAGAGAUAAAUAAAUACAUUUAUUUUAAUUUUACACAUGUCUAAUUCUUUUUUUUUUUUUAAACUUUCCCACCAGCAGGGGGACUGUCUGACAUUUCAGACAGUCCCCCUGCUGGCAGAUCCACAGCCUGCCAUAGGGGGCCAUGUGAUCGCUCUUCAAGAGCGAUCACAUGACCCCCGGGGGACUCAUUUGCUGGGGGAGGGCUGCCUGGGCUGUCAGGCAGCCCUGCAGAAGAGGAUCGCGGCGGAGGUAAGUCCACCGGAUCUCCAGGGGCUGCAAGCCGUUACGGCGUUCUAUGCCGCCGCAAUGGCUUUAAAGCCCUUUUAAUGCGGGACGGCAUAGAACGCCGUAACGGCGUUAAGGGGUUAAUAAAGUACGUUUUUAGAUUAACUGGGACUUAGACUCUGAGAUAUCCUCCCCAUGAUCUUGGGACCUUCCUUCGGAACCCUUCAUGGUGUUACCAAAUUUUUUUUUGGUGACUAUGGUCCCAGCUGCCUUGAGAUCAUUAACAAGAUCCUCCCGUGUUGUCCUGGGCUGAUACCAAGGGAGACUGAUUUUUUUGUUUAUUUUGUGUUUCUUCCAUUUGCGAAUAAUCGCACCAACUGUUGUCACCUUCUCACCAAGCUGCUUGGCGAUAGUCUUGUAGCCCAUUCCAGCCUUUUGUAGGUCUACAAUCUUGUCUCUGACAUCCUUGGACAGCUCUUUGGUCUUAGCCAUGGUGGAGAGUUUGGAAUAUGAUUGAUUGAUUGCUUCUGUGGACAGAUGUCUUUUAGAGAGCACUCCUAAUCUCUGCUCGUUACCUGUAUAAAAGACACCUGGGAGCCAGAAAUCUUGCUGAUUGAUAGAGGAUCAAAUACUUCUUUCACUCAUUGACAUGCAAAUCAAUUUAUAUAUUUUGUUACAUGCGUUUUUCUGAAUUUUCUUUGUUCUGUCUCUCACUGUUUAAAUACACCUACCAUUAAAAUUAUAGACUGAUCAUUUCUUUGUCCAUGGACAAACGUUCAAUAUCAGUAGGGGAUCAAAUACUUUUUCCCUUCACUGUAAGUGUAUAAUAGAUUUUUCAGUCCCCCAAUAUCCCUAGUGACUGUAUGAGUGCUUAUUAAGUAAGGGCAUUUACUCAAAUAUGUAAUAUAUAAAGCCAGGGGUGAGAAGGGGAGGGGUGUAUUUCUGACUCCUACUGCACAUAUCCACCAUCUUCUUCAAAGUGCUCAGUCACUCUACAGCGGAAACCUGAGACACUCAUGCUUUGGUUAGUUAAAAAUGUCUGAUGCUUCAAACUGCAGGACUAAGGCUCUGAGGACUGACUUGAUUCAGAUUGCUUCUGUUAAUCAUGUCAGCUACUUAUUAGCUCCAUAUUACUACAGCAGAAUAAUUAAAUUGCCAGCUGCAUUUGCCCCAGUCUACCUGGUCUAACCAUAAGCUGUCUACUCUACCCAGCAAGCAGAUUCCUGUCAGACUGGGUAGAGGAUAAAGAAUAUCAUUCUCUGCAGUCAAUGAGGCCAUGCUACAUGGAGUGACUGGCAGGAGGGGAAGCUCUGUGCACCUCCCUCCCACCAGUAAUCUACACGCGGUGCAACCCCCACCCAAAUUUUGGAGUAAAAAAAUAGCAUUCUAUAUUCCAUAACAUACAACAAAACUGAUUAGUCAAUAGCAACUAUGUUUCUAUGCUAGACAUAUGUAUGAAAUAAAAACCUUUAUCACUCCAUUGAGGCUUUUGCAAUUCCAAGUCAUGCCAUUUGGGAUAAAGCAUACCCCAGACAUUUUUCAGUGAAUGGUUUACUACCUCAAAGGAGUGCAGGAUUGUUCCUGGACGUAAUCACCAUCUUUAGACUACUCGUGGCACCUGGUGGAAGUGCCUGACUGCAUCUAG